GCGUCGCGCGAAGGCCGAAGGGGGAGUGUUCAUCAGGUUCUCGCUUGUGUGUGUGGGGCUGCUGGGGGGAACCCGGAGGGCUGAAAUGCCUCGGUACGCGCAGUUGGUCAUGGGACCCGCAGGUAGCGGGAAGAGCACCUACUGUGCCACCAUGGUCCAGCACUGUGAAGCCCUCAAUCGGUCUGUCCAGGUUGUGAACCUUGAUCCUGCAGCAGAACACUUCAAUUACUCUGUGAUGGCUGACAUCCGGGAAUUGAUUGAGGUGGAUGAUGUAAUGGAGGAUGAUUCUCUGCGGUUUGGUCCCAAUGGAGGAUUGGUAUUUUGCAUGGAGUACUUUGCUAACAAUUUUGACUGGCUGGAGAACUGUCUUGGCCAUGUAGAAGACGACUAUAUCCUUUUUGACUGUCCAGGUCAGAUUGAGUUGUAUACUCACCUGCCUGUGAUGAAACAGCUGGUCCAGCAGCUGGAGCAGUGGGAGUUCCGAGUCUGUGGCGUUUUUCUUGUUGAUUCUCAGUUCAUGGUGGAGUCAUUCAAGUUUCUUUCUGGCAUCUUGGCAGCCAUGAGUGCAAUGAUCUCUUUAGAAAUUCCACAAGUUAACAUCAUGACAAAAAUGGAUCUGCUGAGUAAGAAAGCUAAAAAGGAAAUUGAAAGGUUUCUAGAUCCAGACUUGUAUUCUUUGUUGGAAGAUUCUGCAAGUGACUUAAGAAGCAAAAAAUUCAAAAAAUUGACUAAUGCUAUAUGUGGACUGAUUGACGACUACAGCAUGGUUCGAUUUUUACCUUAUGAUCAGUCAGAUGAAGAAAGCAUGAACAUUGUAUUACAGCAUAUUGAUUUUGCCAUUCAGUAUGGAGAAGAUUUGGAAUUUAAAGAACCAAAGGAACAUGAAGAUGAAUCCUCUUCUAUGUUUGAUGAAUAUUUUCAAGAAGGCCAGAAAUGAAUGAAGAUUUUGCUAAAAUGUAACUAUAUAUGUGAAAAGCUUGUGACUGAAACUGCAGAACAUUAUUCUCUUAGGACGAUGCAACAGUAGAAAGCUACAUAUUUUAAUGAAAAAUAUAAUACUUAGCGCUUUGCAGCAUGUAUGAAUCGAGUUCUGAGUUAUUCUGAAACUGCUGCUGUUUAAAGUGGAAUCAUUUGGUAUUAUUUUGACAGUAUCAGUUUAGAAUUUAAAAGUUGAAAUUGAAAUGAAUGCAUAUAGAUUUGUAUAUAACAUAAAGUAGCACCUGUGGUACAGUUAGGACCAGUCUAAUUUAAUUUUACUGUGUGAUUUUUGUUGUUUUUGAGGGGUUUUCUGGGGAGUGGGAAUUAUUUUAACAAAAUAUACAUAUGUGUAUAUGGUCAACAGAAAAAAUCUGAAAGGAUAUAGCUAAGAACAUUGCUUUACCUGUAUCUUCCAGUUUCUCUACAUUGAAAAUGUAUUAUUUCUAUAAUUAAAAAAUUAAAAGUAACUUUUUUGAAAUACAUAUUAUAUAUAUUAUAUGUAUAGAAGAAAUAGGUAGCACAAACCUUUCAUUACCCUCUUGUUUUUCAAUCAGAAUUUGAAAUACUCAGGGCAAAUGUUUCAGUGAGUAAGUUUCCCUAAGUAACAAAAUGUAGGCAGUGCUUUUUUUUUAAUGCAAUUUGUAGUCUCUGAGAAUUUAGAACAAGAAAUGAUGUGAUUUUUUUCCUUUUAAAUUUCUUGCUUCAGUGUUUCUGAGUUCAUUUGGUUGGGUAUAUGAGCAGGCCCUGGGAAAUGACUAGUCAGUAAACAAAUACUUAUUUCUCAGCAUCCACUAUAGGCCAGUUACUGUGAUUUAGUAAGUGCUGCCAGGCAUUGUGUUAAGAAACGCUUAUUUACAUAAUCUAUUUCAUUUAAUCCUCAUAACAAACCAAGGUCAUUUGAUGAGAGGUCAUCCAUCUGAUUCAAAUUAAGCUCUUAUAGAAAACCUGCAUCUCAAGUUAAAUUUUUUGGUUUUUUUUUUUUUUUUUUUUUUGCUUUGUAAUCAGUAUAUUAUGGAGACAUUCAUACAUUUCAAGAAUCGCUUAAAUUCCGAUAUCUAGAUUUAAGCCUGUGAACAUAAGUUGACUUUAAACAUAUGAUUAAACCUAUUCAUAAUUUGUUAUACUACCACCAUUAAAUUACAGUUACUUUGGAGCAUAAGUUAAAUGGUUUAAAGUGCGCCUAAGGCACACCUUCCUGUCUCAUAUAUGCAGAUUUCUCCACAUAAAGAUCACUUCACCUUAACUUCUAAGUUACCCAGCUCCUGCAGUCACUACUUUGGAGCUUAUCAUGGUCCAAAGAGAAGCAGGGAAAAAUGUAACCAGGACUGAUCAACAUAUUAAUACAUAUAUUUUUAAAAAGGCAUAGCAGGGUGGUAGAUACCUGAAACUAUCAAACUACAACCCAGAACCCAUGAAUCUCGAAGACAGUUGUAUAAAAAUGUAGCUUAUGAGGGGUGAC